AUGUCGGCCGGUUCCCAUGAUCAACCUGGAGGCCGACAGGAGUCCCUGGAUACAGAGAAUAGAGGCUCUCCCCGCUGGGACCUCCAGACGAUAAGCAGCCGACAUAGCGAGUCCUUGGCAAAGAGAGAGCUCCUUGCACAUCAGAUCGAAGCUUUGAGGUCAGAGGUCAGAGCCAAAAAGGCCGAAAUCUCUGAACGCAAAGAAGUUCUAGCGCGCAGGCGCUCUGAUGCGGAAUCUGCAAAGUACCAACUUGAAGAUCGUGAAAUCGCAAUCGUUGCGGGUAUACAGAACACCAGUAAAAGGACGGAACAUGUCUGGCACUCGCUGCACAGCAGAACUGCCGAGUCCCGGAUCUAUCUUUGUCGGGAAGUCGCCAAUCUUUAUGGGUUGAGGAAGACCGCGAAGAAGGGCCAGGCCCUGGAUAUAUAUGUGUUAGGAGGCGGCUCUGUCAUCGACUUAAGGGAUAUGAAUGGCAAGUUCACCAAUACAGGCGUCCCUCCAGAACAGAUAUCUACGUCCUUCUCAAACAUCGCUCACCUUGUUAUCAUUGUCUCCCAUUAUCUCUCGUUGAGGCUUCCGGCUGAAAUCACAUUGCCUCAUAAGAACUACCCUGUGCCUACCAUCUUCACCCCUUCAUCAUCAUAUCGCUCGCGUGAUGUCUCCGAUGGAGCAAAUAUUCAGUCAUCUUCAAGCCCCGCAGCAUCAAGAACAAUGGAUCCACGCACCCAUACACCGCGUCCCCGACCCCUUUUCGUCGAUAAACCGCUACCCCGAUUAGCGAAGGAAGAUCCUACAACAUAUGCCCUCUUUCUCGAAGGGGCCAUUCUCCUGGCUUGGAAUGUUGCAUGGCUUUGUCGAACUCAAGGGAUCAAUGUGUCAUCCGACUCAUGGGAAGAGGUGUGCGAUAUUGGCAAAAACUUGUGGCAACUGCUGGUUGCUCCGCCAGCCCAUCCGUCAACCUUGAUGCGAGCUUUUGCUGGCCGAGACACACAAGCACAAAUGAAAUCGGCCAGAGACUCGCCCAAGACAACGAUUCAAAGGACAAAAUCAUUUCCCAUGUUGGGCCAUUACUCUCAUGGCACGGCGCAUUCAUUCUUGGGAGCAUCAGAAGGAGUGGACUUUAUGCGAAUGUGGAAGCUACCAACUCCUACCAAGAUUGUAGACAGACUGAAGUCCAAUCUUCUUGGGGAGAUGGCAAGUGCAGAAUGGGAGUUGCUUGAGGAAAAAGAAUGGGACGAUGCAGUGACGGAAUCCCACCAACCAUCCCUUCCACACAGCUCCAGCACCCUUGCUCCUGGAUUCCAACCUGGGAUAAGAGCAGAGACAAGUGACGGAAAGUCCACUGCCAGUUCAAAAGCACGACCUGACUCUAUGAGAAACCAAGGCAACGAAGACCCCCCAAGCUCCCCACGGCCUAGAGGCACCAAAGGCUGGACCAAAGUGGGCAGCAGGUAG